AUCAUUUAGCCCCAAUUAAAAUUGGGUUAUGACAGUUGCCCCCUCUUUACUUGUCUUUUGUAAAAUGAAAAGUAAAGAAUAAAAGAAUAAGCCAAUUUUAAGCUUUGAAAACAAUGCAUAAGUGAAAGUUGCAGUCUUCAUCUUAUCUUUUGCAAGAUGUGGUCUUCAUCUCUUGCAAGAUGUGGUCUUCAUCUCUUCUUCUUCUUGAGAUGUGGUCUUUAUCUAGGAUGUGACUUCUAAGAUGCGAUCUUCAUCUUAUCUUUUGGAAGCUGUGGUCUUCAUCUCUCCUUCUUCCUCAGAUGUGUUCUUCAUUUCUCCUUCUUCCUUAAAUGUGGUCUUCAUCUAGGAUGUGACUUCUAAGAGAUGUGACUUCUAAGAUGCGGUCUUCAUCUUAUCCUUUGCGAGAUGCGGUCUUCAUCUUAUCCUUUGCGAGAUGCGGUCUUCAUCUUAUCCUUUGCGAGAUGCGGUCUUCAUCUCUCCUUCUUCCUUAGAUGUGGUCUUCGUCUUUUCCUUUGCGAGAUGCAAUCUUCAUCUCUCCUUUUUCCUCAGAUGUGGUCUUCAUCUAGGAUGUGACUUCUAAGAUGCGGUCUUCAUCUUAUCCUUUAUGAGAUGCGGUCUUCAUCUCUCCUUCUUCCUCAGAUGUGGUCUUCUUCUAGGAUGUGACUUCUAAGAUGCGAUCUUCAUCUUAUCCUUUGCGAGAUGCGGUCUUCAUCUCUCCUUCUUCCUCAGAUGUGGUCUUCAUCUAGGAUGUACUUCUAAGAUGCGGUCUUCAUCUUAUCAUUUGCGAGAUGCAGUCUUCAUCUCUCAUUCUUCCUCAGAUGUGGUCUUCAUCUAGGAUGUACUUUUAAGAUGCGGUCUUCAUCUUAUCAUUUGCAAGAUGCGGUCUUCAUCUCUCCUUCUUCCUUAGAUGCGGUCUUCAUCUAGGAUGUGACUUCUAAGAUGCGGUCUUCAUCUAGGUUGUGAUUUUCUAAGACGUAACUUUGUCUCUCUCUUCUUCUUUUUUUUCUUUUUUUUUGAGAUUAAACUUCAUUUCUUCUUCUUCCUAAGAUGCAACUUCAUCUAGGAUGUAAGUUUCCAAGAUGCCAACUUCAUCUUUUCUUUUUUCUAAGAUGCAACUUCAUCUAUGAUUUGAUUUUUUAGGACACAACUUCGUCUUCUUCUUCUUCUUCUUCUUCUUCUUCUUUUUUAAGAUGCAAUUGGAUCUCUUCUUCUUUGACAAUGAUCUUUAAUUAGAAUUUCUUCAAACCUCAAAUAAUUUGUGCCUCUUGCC